UUUGUACUUGGAAUUUAAUUUCUCUAUUUUAGAGCGUCUAAGAAGACGUACAAUCAAAAGGUUCAAAUGCCAGGAACAAAGAUUUAAAAUAAUAUUUAGCUGCUUAAUGAAUUGGUACUGAAGUGAUUGUAAAUAUAAAUUAGCAUACUUAGUACUCCAUUAACAAGCAAUGUCCUUCGAUUAGUACUUCAUUUAUAAUAAAAUACAAAGCUUUUUCGUAGAACUAAAGCAAGUGCAAGUUGGUAUAUAAGCAAGGCGUGAUUCAUUAACAUCAACCAGAAGAUUGGCCAUCGACUUUGCUGUUCCGAAGAAACAGAAUUAUUUUCUAAACACGAUCAGUCGAAAAGUGGAAACAUUUCAAAUAUGGAAACCGGUGAAUCAGCAGCAGAUGGUAAAAAUAUUUCAAGCAAAAAAAGUUUCAAAAUACCAGUGCCAGAGGAAUUUAUGUUCAACUUUCAGAGCCUUCUUCGAAUGGAUAUUAUAUUUUUGGUAGGAAAAGUUGCAGAUAUAAAAGAGGAAGAGUGUUGCUUGUGUAGUGAAGAACUUCUCGCUUGUGCUGAUGUUGUCUACCUGAAUUGGUGCAAGCACCAAUUCCAUCUGCCCUGUCUCAAGACUCUCUACAGGAAAUCGAACCGUAAAAUAAUUUGCCCGUACUGCAGAACCAUCUACCAGGUUGCACGCGGAAACCUCCAGCCUGGUUUCUUGGAUGUAGAAAUUUGUGAAGGUAACAUAAAAAUGGAGUUCAAGUUGACGGAAAAUAAUCUGGAAAAAUAUUACUGCGUCAUUAACUUGCAGGACAAUUUGGAUGGCAAAUGUCUCAUGCAUCUGUUAAUCAAAGCAUUUUUGAGAUAUCUGUUGAACGAAAAGUUACUAGAAUCCUUUUCAAAAGGUGAGAACGUCGGCAUCAACCGUGAAGAUUUCAUAAAGGAAAGUCUGAAAGAAAUGAACGUGCUUCCAAAUCAAUUGAAUGAGGAGCUCCUUGAAGAGGACGAGACAGAUGAGCUGGAUGUGAUAGAGCACAAUGAAGAGGAAUGGAUUGAUGAAGAUGAUUUUGGUGACGAAGUUGAUGAUGAUGAUGAUUACGACGGUUUUUAUUACGAUAACGAUGAAGAUGAUUUUGGUGACGAAGUUGAUGAUGAUGAUUACGACGGUUUUUAUUACGAUAACGAAUUUGAUGAGUCAGAUGAGCUGGAUGUAAUAGAGCACAAUGAAGAGGAAUGGAAUGAUGAAAAUGAUUUUGGUGAUGAAGUUGAUGAUGAUGAUUAUGACGGCUUUUAUUACGAUAACGAUGAAGAUGGUUUUGGUGACGAAAUUGAUGAAUAUGAUUACAACGGCUUUUAUUACGAUGAAGAUGAUGACGACAUUUAUGAUGAUUUUUGUUUCCAAAUUUUACUGGCGAAUAUGCUGGAGAACGCGAUCACAAUAUUUCAAUUUGUGCCAUUUGUGAACAUAAUUCUGCUGUUUGGAUGUUUUAUAUAA